CGGCUGAGUUUGAACGCAGAGGAACGUGUACUUGUGCUGUGACUGACUUCCGUGAUGAAGUGAGCCGUAAACGUCUCGAGCCCUUUAGCCGCUUCAGGGAAGUUCUUCCUUCCAACCUCCAGAACCUCCAGAGAGGCAGCGCGUCCAUGAGGAAAGUGAAGUAGACUCUUCUCUCGCAGCAGCAUGAGUCUACAGGAGAUCAGUGAGAAUGUCAAGCUGGCGCGGGAGUACGCUCUGCUGGGGAACUACAGCUCAGCCAGUGUUCUGUACCACGGCCUGCUGGACCAGAUCAAGAACUACAUGUACGCUGUAAGGGACGGCGGCGUUCAUCAGCGAUGGCAGCAGCUGUGGCAAGAAAUCAAUGAAGAGAGCCGGCAAGUUCAGGACAUCAUGUCCACUCUGCAGAGCUUUCAGCUGGACAUGGCGCCCGCUAAACCCUCCAACCAUGACGACUUUGAAAUGAGGCCGGCACAUGUGGAACCAAGACACUCUCCUGGCCCCGUCAGGCGCUCCAACUUUCAUAAGGAGAGCAAACCCUCCAACCACCGGCUGAGCGCUGCCGUGAGGCCCCACCAGAAGCAGCCCCAGCGGGGGGCCAACGGGGCCGGGGGCCGAGCCUCCAAGGCCAAAGAAAAGAAGGAAGCAAAGGAGGUUAAGGAGGCUGGCAGCAAAGCCAAGGACGACAAGGAGAAAGAGGUGAAAAAGUUUGACGGUACAGGAUACGACAAAGACCUGGUGGAAGCCCUGGAGAGAGACAUCAUAUCUCAGAACCCCAGUGUGAGAUGGGACGACAUUGCAGAUUUGGAAGACGCCAAGAAACUGCUGAAAGAAGCGGUGGUGCUGCCGAUGUGGAUGCCUGCUUUCUUCAAAGGCAUCAGGAGACCAUGGAAGGGUGUUCUCAUGGUCGGCCCUCCAGGCACAGGGAAGACUCUGCUGGCCAAGGCCGUCGCUACGGAAUGCAGGACUACUUUCUUCAAUGUGUCUUCGUCCACGCUGACCUCCAAGUACCGAGGAGAGUCGGAGAAGCUGGUUCGCCUUCUGUUUGAAAUGGCGCGCCACUACGCUCCCACCACCAUCUUCAUCGAUGAAAUCGACUCGAUGUGCAGCCGCAGAGGAACCUCAGAGGAGCAUGAGGCCAGCAGGAGGGUGAAGGCAGAGCUGCUGGUCCAGAUGGACGGGGUGGGCGGGGCUUCAGAGAACGAUGACCCUUCAAAGAUGGUGAUGGUGCUGGCAGCCACCAACUUCCCCUGGGACAUCGACGAGGCACUGAGGAGGCGGCUGGAGAAGAGGAUCUACAUCCCUCUGCCUUCCAUAAAGGGCCGGGUGGAGCUGCUCCGGAUCAACCUGAAGGAGCUGGAGCUGGCCAGUGACGUAGACCUGGACAAGAUCUCAGAGCAGCUGGAGGGAUACUCAGGAGCUGACAUCACUAACGUGUGCAGAGACGCCUCCCUGAUGGCCAUGAGGCGACGGAUCGAGGGUCUCACCCCGGAGGAAAUCCGGAACCUGUCCCGGGACGAGAUGCACAUGCCAACCACCAUGGAGGACUUUGAGUCGGCUCUGAAGAAAGUCUCCAAAUCCGUGUCAGCUGCUGACCUGGAGAAGUACGCCAGCUGGAUCGAGGAGUUUGGAUCGUGCUGAGAAGAAAACGAACCGAACGUUUAAAGAUGUUUUAGCAUGAGUUUGGCUGAGCCGUUUGUGUGCAGCCUGAUGUGAGCGGAUGUUUAGAAUGUGAAGUAUUGCUGCGCUUGUUUUGUACAUAAUGUUCAGUCUGAAGUGGUAACAUGCUGCUCUGUAGCAAAAACUUCAUGUUGUCGUCUAUCAGGGAGUUAACAGCCAAUCAGAAGUCAUUUACUUACUUUUAAUUACAAUUGAUGUUUUGAGACCAACGUUUCUUUUUUCUUGUCUUUUGGACAAUUUACAUUUCUAUAAAAGCAACACUAAAGAUAUUUCUAUAAAUAAAGUUAUUGUUCAAUUAAAUCAAAGAGCCACUUAAGUCAUUUUUUCCGGCUGUGGCUCUGUGGCUAAUCGUCUUAACGUCAAUUUCAGUUUUCUCCUGCCCCAACCCCAAGUUGCCUACUCAUCUGUAUAUUUGUGUAUAAAUGUGUGAGCGUUUGUAUGUGAAUGUGACUCUAGUGUAAAGCGCUUUGAGUGGUCAAAAUAAUUGAAAAAGCACCAGAAGUUCAGUCCAUUUACCAUUUAUCUUAACUUCCUGGUUUAGGUUUGGAAGGAGAAAAGGAAACAUUUGGUCUUUGACCUUCUUGGACCAGUUGUGAUGCCGUAGUUCUUGCAUUGACAAAUUUUGCCCAUCUGCCAGAGAUGAUCAUUGUUCAUCCAGUUCAAAGCAGAUGAACUGUCCUGACAGAGACAAUUUUAAGAAAUAUUAAAAAUACAUUGAAUCUGUGAAGGGGGUUCUCAGUAUAACAGGAUCAACAGAACAACAUGUUGGUUUGUAAGGAAAGCAUUUAUUAAGCUAACGUUCCAACCUCAAAACACAAUCCAGUUACAGUGGAAACAUGUAACACAUGGAUUCAUACAGAUUCAACAAAGCCGUCUCAAAUAUGUUUCAUUUUUCAUCAACAUCUCUAAAACUCGCUGCCUGCCAUAAGAGCUGAUCUACAGUCUGCGUGGGGCUGGAGCUGCUUCCAGUGGCGUCGAGUCAUCAUGCAGUUUAGAACGGACUGAUGAAAUGCCACACAUGCAUGUUUUUUUAUUAAAUAAACGGACAUCAUGCGCUCUGCUGUUUGACUCCAGUCCAGAGUCUUGAUCUCAGCUGAUCUGAGGAGGAAAAACCCGAGUUUCUUCUAAAAAGUGGGACGAGAAUCGACAAGUGUUGAUGUUUACAACGGCCGGAUCGAACGGGUGUCGAGAAGAAAUGGAUGAUCUGAGGCACUAAUUACAGAAUGUGAUGAGAUCAGCCACAUCUGUCCAGUUUUUACAGGCAAAUACAAAAAA